CUUGGUCAUUCGGUCAUUGUCACCACUUUCUGCAAAGCUUGCGCGAAAGUUAGACCAUUCUCUUUGCCACGUGCAUGAAUCGCUGUUGCUUGAGGGACUGCCGAUUAUUUGUUGCUCUACAACAUCCAAUCCUGCACCCACAUGCCUUAAAACUCAUUCAUCUUGUCGACUCUCUUCAAUGUGAAGGACAGCGCCUUUGGCGGUCCCUCCCUUUUUCGCCUCGGUCACUGCGGCAGUCGCGUGCAAACCUCGAACCACGCUCGAUAUUUGCCCUUUGCUUCCCGACGUCGAACUGUAAAGUAUUGGCAAAUUCAUCAUGACGAAUGAACGCUUAGACGAGUCCGUCUCGCCAAUGACGAGAACCCCCAAUCAUGCCUCCCCAGCAAACGCCGAAGCGCAGUCUCAGUUCCAGCCACCCAAGUCGAACGAUGGCCUGCUUGCCCCGAUCCCCAAUACAUCACAACCACAAGUGGGCGAAGAAGAAGCCUCAAAAGAAUCCCUAACGGAAGCCCCAAAAGAAGCCAAAGAUUACUGGAAUAAUGGACUGAGCCAUCCUGAUCCCGCGCCAUUGGCUGUGGGAGAGCUGAAGCCGCAGCCCGAGGCUCAAGAACCACUGGCGCAGGAACAGCAGCCUGCACCCGCCAAAAGCAUUCCGGAACCUUUGCAACUGGAUGGAGGGCGUAGCAUCCAGUUUGUCCAACCUGAUUACCACGAGUCUCCCCUUCAUCCCCCGGGAUCGAUCCCAUUGGAAGAGCCAGAUACACCACGCUCUCGAACGAGAUUCAUGUCCAAGAUCAAAGCUUUUGCAGCCAAUACAGGCUCACAGACUCCGAAAUCACUAAACGGGCCAACUUUUCCAUCUGAAUUCGGCACACGAUCAUUUCCCAACUCUCCCACUGUGUCUAGAGUUACCACCCGAGUUCCGGAAGCAGUCCACGAAGAGCAAUCUGAUGCCGAUGCCGAUGUUGAGACUGCAGAUGAAGCUGCAAUCCCCGACGCUAUCAAGAAAAACAAAAGAAAGAGUCGGCGCUUUAAGAAAGGCUCGGUGUCUAACUUUCCAAACCCGAGCCGAUUCCCAGCCGAUCUGGAUGCACUAAGUACAUAUGAUCGCCUGCUCAGACGCCGAGCAAGCAUGCCUGAUACGACGCAACAUGACCAUGCUGCAUCCGAUGGCGACAUUCGUGAUAUUCCCAGACGUAAACCCUUUCGCAGAGGAUACUCCUGGAUGAACACUGCCAUGAGUCCUCCAGAUGAAGAAGAUAUGGAAGACAUGGAAAACUCCACUGCUGUUGGAAGACGUACAGGUCAUUUGCGCCGCAUUACUGUCUUUGGCGGAGGCGGCUUGUCUGACGGAGAUGCAUUGACCCCUAGGAAGCACUUCUUCAACUCAGAAAGAGCAGAAAGGGCCUCCAGCUACGGCGUCAAUAAAUGGAAGCGAGUCAAAAGCACGCUUAAGCUCCUUCGGCAAAAGAAAGACGAUCGUUUUGAUUACUACAAAUCUGCAGAACUCAUGGCUGAGCUGAGAGCGGGUGCCCCUGCUGUUCUGAUGCUCGCUAGUAUGAUUCAGCGAGACGAACACGGGAACAAAAGAAUACCAGUUCUGCUAGAGCAACUGAAGCUUAAAAUCAAGGACAGCUCUCCCAUGCCAGAUGAUGACAAGGAGCGCCACUGGAUAUUCACAAUUGAAUUGGAGUAUGGUAGCGGUCCAAGUCGGAUGCAAUGGCUAGUCGUCCGAACCAUCAGGGAUAUCUAUAACCUGCACUUUCGGUACAAGUUUGCUCUGAAUAACGAUAAAUACAUGCUUGGACGUCUGGAUCUUGGUGCUCGGCUUAAACAGCCCAAGUUCCCCUACUCAGCGUUCCCGUAUCUUCGUGGUGCUCGCGACAAAGGAGAUGAAAGCGACGAAGAUGAUCAGGCUAGUGGCCGCGGUGAGGAGACGGCGGCUGAGAUGACGGCGGCUGAGGACCAUGGCGAGGGGCCGCAUCAACACUCAAGAAAGAAGUCUCGCGGUAAUUUCCUCGCAGGCAUGAGACGAAGAUCUACUGGGUUCACCGACGCUGGCGAAUUGUCUACGGCGGAAGGCGCUGGCGUUGAUAAGGAGACUCGUAGACAGCGGUACGUGGAAAAACAGCGGCGCAUUCUCGAGAAGUACCUCUCCGAAAUGAUUCGAUGGCUCAUGUUCAGGGCUGACAGCAAUCGCCUCUGCCGGUUUCUCGAGCUGUCAGCUUUGGGAGUUCGUCUAGCUGCUGAAGGAAGUUACCAUGGUAAAGAAGGCUUCCUCCACCUUCAGAUGUCCAAAGGCCUCGAUUUCCGCCGCGUCCUUCAACCAGCCAAAGUUAUUGCUCGACAUAGCCGGAAAUGGUUUCUCGUAAGGCAGAGCUACAUUGUGUGCGUCGAGUCACCCGAGAACAUGAACAUCUUCGAUGUUUAUCUUGUCGAUACCAAAUUCAGCAUUGCUUCUAAGAGGAAGGCGCUGAAAAAAAUUGGCUCCAAGAAAAAGAAGUCUGAGAUCGAUUUGAACAUAGAGCAUGAACAGUCUAUGGAGAAACACCACACGCUUACGGUACGCACGUCGGACCGUAAAAUCCGAUUGUUCUCGCGUUAUCAGUCGGUGAUGCGGCAAUUUGAAGAUUCCAUCAACGAAAUGCUGAAGCAGACACCCUGGUAUGAGAAGAAGAGGUUUGAUAGCUUCGCCCCCGUUCGGUCUGGCGUAUUUGCACAAUGGCUGGUCGAUGGUCGCGACUACAUGUGGAAUGUAUCAAGAGCGAUCAACAUGGCGCGAGACGUCAUCUACAUUCACGAUUGGUGGCUGAGCCCUGAGCUUUAUAUGCGGCGCCCUGCUUGCAUUAGCCAGAAAUGGCGGUUGGAUCGAUUGCUCCAGAAGAAGGCAAAAGAAGGCGUGAAAGUAUUUGUGAUUAUUUAUCGAAAUGUGGAAGCUGCGAUUCCCAUUGAUUCUGAGUACACCAAAUUCUCACUUCUUAACCUUCAUCCCAACAUCUUUGUCCAGCGGUCUCCGAAUCAAUUCAAGAAGAACCAAUUUUUCUUCGCGCACCACGAGAAAAUCUGCAUUGUUGAUCAUGAUGUGGCGUUUCUUGGUGGCAUAGACCUCUGCUUCGGUCGUUGGGAUAGCCCACAGCAUCCGAUUGUCGACGACAAGCCGACUGGAUUUGAGCCAUCCGAGAUGCCUAAGGAUUCUGAGCAUGUACAGUUGUUUCCAGGAAAGGACUACUCAAACCCGAGAGUUCAAGACUUUUUCAAUCUCAACGAACCGUACGAAGAAAUGUACGACCGGGGCAAGAUUCCUAGAAUGCCCUGGCACGAUGUUUCAAUGCAAGUUGUUGGACAGCCCGCUCGAGAUUUGACUCGCCAUUUUGUUCAGCGAUGGAACUAUCUUCGGCGAGGCCGCAAGCCAACUAGGCCCCUGCCAUUCCUGUUACCGCCCCCUGAUGCGAAAUUUGAGGAUCUCGCAGCCCUUGGAUUGACGGGCACUUGCGAAGUGCAGAUGCUCCGGUCUGCAUCCAAUUGGUCGUUGGGAAUAGACGAAACCGAGCAUAGCAUCCAGAAUGCCUACAUUCAUUUGAUUGAGGAGUCAGAGCAUUUUGUCUACAUUGAGAACCAGUUCUUCAUUACAAGCACCGAGGCUUACGGAACCAAGAUCGUCAACCGCAUAGGAGAUGCUCUAGUUGAACGCAUCAUUCGCGCUCAUCAAAAUGAUGAAGACUGGCGGGCCGUCAUCGUUAUACCUCUCAUGCCGGGAUUUCAAAACACCGUUGAUGAGCAGGAAGGCACCAGCGUUAGACUGAUUGUCAUGUGCCAAUAUCGUAGUAUCUGCCGCGGGGAGCACUCGAUUUUUGGGCGCCUACGUGCCGCGGGUAUUGAGCCCGAGGAUUAUAUCAGCUUUUUCUCUCUUCGACAGUGGGGAGUCAUGGGCAAUGACGUCCUUGUUACUGAGCAGCUUUAUAUCCACGCCAAGACCAUUGUCGUUGACGAUCGAGUUGCACUGAUAGGUUCUGCGAACAUCAACGAACGGUCAUUGGUUGGCUCUAGAGACUCUGAAGUGGCCGCCAUCGUUCGUGACACUGAUAUGAUAUCGUCUACCAUGGCGGGCAAGCCAUAUCAAGUUGGCCGAUUUGCCCACACUCUUCGAAUGAGGUUAAUGCGAGAGCAUCUUGGCCUUGAUGUGGACGAAAUAUUGGAACAAGAGCGAGAAGAAGAAAUGAAUGAAGCCCUCUUCGAGCAAGACAUGGACGCUAUAUACGAAGAAGGUGCGACACCUGACGACGAUGCGUCUAGCACCAGGUCUAGCGUGGCCAACAGUCCACGAGCGCCCAUAAACCCCCUUCGUUUGCCCAGCUUCAACCAUGACCUAGACCUUGCGGCAGCAGGGGCCACCCAAGAUUUUGAAGGUUCUUCAUUGAAAGGAAAAGAAGCUGAGACACCCGACCCUCGUGUUACAGAUAAAGUGCAUCAGCUAGAUUUAUCGGGGUACGGGCCGGAUCACUGGAAGACGGCAGAACAGCAAGGCGCCGACGAAGGCCGAGAUUCGGUUGUCGUUGAAGGCCGAGAGGUUCUCUUGCACGAUGGGAAACGAGCUGCAGAGAUGGUUCACCCCCCCUUAUCCCCUCCCUCUUCGCGCCGUCAGCAGAAUGCACACCAAGAGCCUAGCGAUAAGCCUGGCACUCCUCCCGCACCCCCCUCCCCUAUUAGCAGGGAUGAGGUGGGUAAGAAUGAUUUAUCAGGUCUGGCUACGGGCGCACCAGCUAUACCGCUGCCAGUGCUUGAUGCUACUAACAUUGGUGGCCCUGCCAUCCACGCUGAUUCUAAAACGGGCCGUCAAUCUAACGGAGCUUUCCACCCGAUGGCAGCAGAUAUUCAAGCUGCUUCCAUUGACAAAGACUGUAUGCGAGAUCCAUUGGAUCCUAAUUUUGUGGAUGAAAUUUGGAAUCGGGCUGCGCGCAAUAACACGGUGCUCUACCGCAGAGUAUUCCGCUGCAUGCCUGAUUCCAAAGUUGGUACCUGGGCUGAAUACCGUGAAUAUAUGGAUUACGGUCAGAAAUUCCGCGCCAGCAUGGAACCAAAGUCUACCAGUGAUGAGACUGAACCUCGUCGUGACGAAGCAACUACAAAACCUGAAGAUCAACCUAAGAUCCAGCUGCCCGAGCCGGAAGGUGAUGAAACAAACGGAAAACCAGCUUCUCGUGGCAGCAGUGGAGAGGAUCCAGCUCUUCGCUCCCCGCCUGUUGAUGGAACGACAAUGGAAAACCAAAGCUCGUUAGAACCACCUUCGCCCGUUUAUGCUCAAGGGGACGUGCCGUUCCCCGCAAUGGACACUUCUUCUUCGAAACCAGUUUCGCGAAGCAAGAGCCGAGACCGUAGGCCAACUUUCUCAACGGUAGACAAGCCGUCAUCCAAGGACACUAAUGCUGCUCCUCCUCUGGCCCCGGCGACGGCGACGGCCACUGGCGGAACAGUCAAGCGCCGACGCCGAGCCACUACGAAGGGUAGUCGGCGUGGACUCCUGAUUGAGGAGAUGCCUACUCGUGGCGAGGCCGAACAACUUUUGAACUUGAUACAAGGAAACGUGGUCGAGUUCCCCUAUGACUGGCUACUUACAGAAGAGCACAACGGGAACUGGGGCUACCAGGUGGAUGGAGUGGCGCCGAUUGCCAUUUACAAUUAACCAAUCUUUACUUCUCUUUGUCAUUUUUGCUUUCUGGGCCGGCGCGAGGAGUCAUGCAAGGAGUAGGUGUUUUUUGAUACAUUUAUGAUGGGAUAGAGAAAUUAUUGCAUACAACGGUGAAGGCGGUUAGCGUAUAAGUCGAGGACCGGAAACCAUUCAGCCCUAGCGUCGCCCUUUCUCU